UAAAUCUUAAACUCCAAUUUCCCCUUUCCAAAUUACAAUUGCAAUUUGCCAACAAAGAGUACCGAGAGAGACGAGAGAGUCGGUCGUCUCCUUCGCAACUCCUCGACGACGGCACUCCAGUUCCAGUACCCCAACGACGGCACUCCACUCUAGUAGUCCACUCGGCAGUCUCCAAGUCGUCUGUCAGCAUAGCCAUUAGCCAGUCAGGAUGGCGGAAUUCCAAUAUGCUUAUUUCAAUUCGGAAGAAGCAGCAAUUGUUCAGAUUAAAAUCCCUACUACACUUAAUACACAUUUCGAACCCAAAGUCAAGCUUGUGUUCUCUAAUCCAUCUAAACCUCCUCUUCCAUCGGGUAUGGGAGUCUUUAGCCACAAUCACAUUUUAUAUAUGGUUGGGGGCUACAAUACACGAAAGUUUAGGGGUACGGGCAACAAUAGACGAGAGGUUAAGGACGAUGAGGAUGCCUAUGGAUGUAUGUUUAGAUAUGAAUAUGAAUAUGACGAUCGUGUUCAUAUGUUUGAUCCAACCAAGUGCCACCAAAUUCCGGUUGAAAAUAUUGAAACACUUCAAAACUUAGGAUGUGCACACACGGUGUUACCUAAAGUCAUUCGAGCUGAGGAUCGGAUUUACCUGUUGUCACGUAAAGAUGAUCAUUUUGGUUAUAGAGUUCACUCUUCCAAAAAGCAUCUUGACGAGAACGUGCCCUUGGAUUUUCAAUACUUUGAUCUAAACAAGAAGUUGUUUGAAACCCUGUCACCCCCACCCAUCCGAAUUAAUCUUGAAAUGCACCUUAAUCUUAUCGGUGUACAGGGUCAUUUUUUCCUUAGAGGUUAUAUAUAUGUGUUUAUUACAGACACUACGACUUGUUUUGAAACAUUUAAGUUCAGCACCAAAGAAUCAAAAUGGGAGGAUUGCAAGUCCUUUGUGGACAGAUUUAAAGAGAGAAAUAUUCCUUUUCCCUUCUUGCAUGCUGGCGAUAUGGGGGUUUCGGAUGAAUUUGAUGAUAACACUUGGAUUCUAGUCUCCCUUCAUGGUAAACUGCCCACUGCAUAUCGUGUUCGCCUUAGUGACACGGGUGAUAUUGAUCCUAUAUCUCACAGGGUUCUAGCUGAAUUUAAGUUUUCUGAUGCUGAUAUGCCUUACUCAGUACGUGAUUGGAAACAAUUAGCUGAUAUGGGAGGUGAAAGGUUUUGUGUGAUGCACACUACUUCAAGUGGAGAUUUUUUUAUAUACGUCUUCGAAAUUAAUUUUAGACUUGAACAUGCCAUUCAAACCUUUGAAAGUGGAGAUCGUUCGUCAAAUAUUAUUUUCAGUAUGAAAUUCGAUCCUUAUGACACCCUCCCUUCGGGGCAUGUCCUUACAGGUUUCUGUAUAGCCUCUGCUCCUCUUCCUGCAUCUCCCGACAAUGAAGACCAAGACAUGACUCCUCCUCGUGCAUCUCCCGACAAUGAAGACCAAGACAUGACUCCUCCUCGUGCAUCUCCCGACAAUGCAGACCAAGACUCCUCCUCCUGCACCGCUGAGCUUGCAGUGAAGACUACUAUUAUCUGACUGCUGGAUCCUUACUUUUAUACUCUAUUUUCUUUUCUUCACCAAGUUGGAAAUUACAAAGCUGGUGUCAGGCAUGUUAUAUUUCGGCUACAUGUUGAUUGAGUCAUAUGCCUUGUUCGUUUUAACCAAACGGGACAAUUGGCUUUUAUGCAUGCAUGCUUCUGGUUUGUACUCAAUUACUAGUGAUGAAGUUGAUUCAUAAGCAUUUUCUUGUCUUAGGAUUUGUCUGAUCUUGGUUAUGAAUAUUUUAGAUUCCAUUUCUUUAACUACUGCAGCCUUUAAUAAACUUAAAAGGAUACUUUUUAGCUUC